UGUUGGGAAACAUCCUCACAGAGAAAUCGCGAUAAUGUUUCUCCAAGCUGGUUGCUUCGAAAAAAGCUCCGUGCUCCUCCUUUAACGAUCACUUAAACGAUAUUCCAUCCCAGGCUCUGACAGCAGCUACAGCUCGCCAUUAACGCCGAUUCCUUUCCGUUUUGUCAACAGUAACAGCCUGAGGGAAACCCGUUAGCCUCUGAGCUAACUGAGAAGCUAACUCCCCGAGGGACAAGCAACCAGUUUCAUUGAAGCCAAAAACACGAGAAUGUCUUAAAAACAGACAAUUCUGGAGAUUUAUUGGAUCCUGGAUGUUUAAUGAGUUUCUCAUUUAGGUGGAAAACGAGUUUGAUCGGCUGAUCAAAUCCCAUUUCCGACAAGACCUCCAGUCUUUGGCUCGACGGACUAAAUGUCAAGUAAUGAAGGAGGAGCAGUCGGAACCAGAGUCCCAGCCGAUGGCGGCGAAGAGCAGGGCUUCAGAAUCUCAGUCAAUCAAAGAAGAAGUGGGAGAGUUUUGCCUCCAUCAGGAUGAAGAGACGCUUUUAAUUAAGCAGGAGGUAGAAACGGUUUUGGUGACUUCUGUCCAUGAGGACGUUGUCAACAAUGUACGGCAACUGGAGCAGAUGAGGGAGACUGGUAAGCAGGUUAAAGAGGAACCAGAACCGGUGCUGAUUAAGGAGGAACAGGAGGACCAGGAUGAAAAGUGGCUUGUAGUGAAGCAAGAGUUUAAAGAAGAGAAUCAACCAGAACCAAACAAAGCCCAACUUUUCUCUGCAAACUCUCCUGACGGUGAGAACCAUCAACAAGGAAGCAACCUGAAAGCCUUGGGAUCAAAUGGAGAUAAAGAGCCGAAGCCGAGAAAGAAACGGUGUAAAAAGAACCUGCCUUCCUGUGAAACAUGCGGCCAAACGUUUACUCAACUUCGAUACCUGACGGCUCACCUGAGGACUCACAAAGAUGGGAAGCCUUUCCAGUGUGCGACCUGCGGAAAAGGUUUCAACAAGCAGAAUAACUUAACCGUCCACAUGAGAAUUCACACGGGAGAGAAACCCUACCCUUGUGAACUGUGUGACAAAUCCUUCAGAACCACCAGCCAGUGGGCCAGCCACACAAAAAUCCACAUCGCUGGGAAUCCUUUCCGAUGCGAGACCUGUGGGAAAACCUUCACCAAGCAAAACAACCUAACUAAACACGAAAGGGUUCAUACUGGCGAGAAGCCCUAUCCUUGUGAACUGUGUGAUAAAUCCUUCAGAACCACCAGCCAGUGGGCCAGCCACACAAGAACCCACACAGGUGAGAAGCCCUGUUCCUGCUCAACUUGUGGUAAAGGUUUCUCCAGACGCUACGACUUGAACGUCCACAUGAGAACCCACACGGGCGAGAAGCCUUUCUCGUGUCAUAUUUGCGGGGAACGUUUCAUCAGGAAGAUCACCUUCAACUUUCACGUGAGAGCUCACACGAAGGGGAAGCCCUUUGCCUGCGAGGUCUGCGACUCGUCUUUCAACUACAGCUACGAUCUGGCUCGUCACAUGAGGAUUCACACGGGCGAGAAGCCAUUCCCGUGCCUGACUUGUGGGAAAACCUUCAGGGAGCGAGGGAGUCUGAACGGACACAUCCGAAUUCACACGGGCGAGAAGCCCCAUGUCUGCUUGGACUGUGGGAAAAGUUUUGCUCGAAAGCACAACUUGACUAUUCACAUGAGAACCCACACAGGCGAGAAGCCAUAUUCCUGCGAUAUUUGUGGAAGGUCUUUCACUGACAACACUAUACUGCUCAAUCAUGUCAGAACCCACUCAGGUGAAAAGUCUUUCUCAUGUCCCUAUUGUGGUAAAAGUUUCACCAAGAAAUACACACUGACUGUCCACAUGAGGACUCACACAGGCGAGAAGCCGUUUUCCUGCCAGUCGUGUGGGGAGGCCUUUAUUUCCAGAGGCAAAUUGACUAAACAUGUGUGUUAAAUGAGCAUCCAGUUGGUUUUACUUGCAUUAGUAAUGGAUAUCAAGCUUUGUUUACUCAAAAAAGAGUAAAUACUGAUCUAUGUUGUGACUGAACCUGUCUGGAUUUGGAGUAACAGCACCACCUACUGGACAAAUAAUUUUAUUAUUAUUGUUUAUUGUUCAGGAAUUGAUUAGUCGAAGAAAGAAAACACAUUAUGGAGAAACAUCUGAUUUUUCUCCAGACUUUUUCUUGUCUUCAGUUUUCUAAAAAGCAAAAAUCUUAUUAAUGCUUAAUAGAAGUUGAUUGGCUUAAAAUUAAUAAUAAUUAUAUUUGAAUUACCCAUCAGUACUUUCAUUUUGGAAUGACUGAGUGCACUUGUACAAUGCAACAAUAAAAAAAUCCAGGUUAAAAUGACAAUAAAUUAAAAGUAUUUUGCUCAUUUUUAUGAACAAAAUAAAGGUACCAAAUUUCACAAGCUGCAUUUUAGAGUUUGUGUUUGAUAUGAGAGGUUUGGCAGAAGCUACAGGUUUAUAGCUAAAGGUACAGUAAUAUUCAAUAAAGUAGAAUAAAAGCCCCAGUGAGGCUCAUAUGUCAGAAUAAAAGAACAUGAAAAUAACCUUCAAGCAGAUUUUAAACACACUUUUCAUUAAGCCCACAUUUAUGUUUUUAAAUGUUUUAUUAUUGUUUUGAUCUAAUUUAAAUAUUACGUGUUUUAAAACGUAACAUUUAAGUUUAAUGUUAAGUUAAAAUUUAGUAAGUGAAAAAUCAUACCAGAAAUAAAUUCUUUCAAGCAUUUGGUUGAAUAUUUAAUCUACAUAGUUUGACGUGGCGUUCCUGAAAUUAAUGUAUUUUUCUUUAAUAUUCUGAUUUAUUAAAUCGGCCUGUAUUUUUUUAUUCAACAGCUCAGAAUGUAAUAAAUAUAAUCUAUAUUAAGUGAAUUUUAAAUGUCAGUUCCUUCGGAGUCCAUGCUGCUCUGAAACGUUCAUUUUCUCCCACCGUUUGGUUUAAUUACUCCAAAUAAAACCGUAAAAUCCUUUUCUUUGAAAACCUCAUUAGCAGUUAACUUCUGAUAAAUCAUCAGUUUGGAAAAUAUGUUUAAGUAAAUUUAUUAUUUCGUAGAUGGACCUUUUUAAUCAUUAAUCAUUUUAUUACAAAACAGCAUAAGUGUGACUAACAUUAAAUACCAUCUGUUGAUUCUUUCAUUGGUAAAUAAUUCAAAUUAUCUCACUGUAAAUGUGAUUGGCUUGUUUCUGUUGCAUCUGUAAUCAAUUAUGAGACUAACUGAAAUAUUUUAUACUCUAAUAUUAAAUCAUGUACUAGACCGACCCCUAUAACAUCCUUGCAGUUGUUUUGGACACUUUUAACUCAUUUGUGACUGAUACUUUUUUUUUCUUCAUUUUUUGUCAUUUUUUUAUUAACCAAGCCCUUAUUUAACAAAAUAUUAUUUAUUUAGGCUAACUUUGCAUAAAACAAUGGAAAACAACAUUUAUUUAAGGGGGCAAUUAAUUUUAAGCUUUAUUUUUUACUUUUCUGCCACUUUAUAAACUUUCCCUGACAGAUGAUCGCUUAAGGAUGAGCGUUAUCAUGUAAUAAUGUUCUGCUCUGCUGAUAAUUGGUUUGUUAUAGUGAAUGUGAAGAAGACAUGCCAAAUUAAAGUUGAGAAAGAUGAA